AUGCAAUUCAUAUUGCAAAGAAGAAUGAACACCAGAAAUUGCUCAUCACCAACUGAAUUCCUUCUCUUGGGAUUUACCAAUAAUCCUUGGAUGAGAGUGGUUCUCUUCACUGUGUUUCUACUUGCUUAUCUCGUUAUUCUCAUUGCAAAUAUUGGAAUGACCAUUUUAAUCAGAAUGGAUUCCCAACUUCACACUCCUAUGUACAUUUUUCUCAGCCACCUUUCUUUGGCUGACUUUUGCUAUUCCACUGCAGUUGGGCCCAAGAUGCUGGUGGACCUCCUUGCCACAAAUAAAUCAAUUCCCUUUGUUGGCUGUGCCCUGCAGUUCUUCAUCUUCUGCAUCUUUACGGAUGCUGAGUGCAUGCUGCUGGCAGUGAUGGCCUUUGACCGGUACAAGGCCAUCAGCAACCCUCUUCUCUAUGCAGUAGACAUGUCCAGCAAGGUUUGCUCCCAAUUGCUGGCUGGGGUUUACCUAGUGGCAAUGGCAGAUGCUUUGACACAUACGACAUUGACAUUCCACUUAUGUUUCUGUGGGUCUCAUGAGAUUAACCAUUUCUUCUGUGAUGUUCCCCCUCUCCUAUUAUUAUCUUGCUCUGAUACACAGGUCAAUGAGCUAGUGAUAUUCACAGUUUUUGGUUUUAUUGAACUGAGCACCAUUUCAGGACUUCUUGUUUCUUAUUGUUAUAUCAUCUCAUCAGUCUUAAAGAUUCAUUCUGCUGAGGGGAGGCUCAAAGCUUUCUCCACCUGCACCUCUCACUUAACUGCAGUUGCAAUUUUCCAGGGAACUAUGCUCUUCAUGUAUUUCCGGCCAAGUUCUGCUUAUUCCCUAGAUCAAGACAAAAUGAGCUCACUGUUCUACACUCUUGUGAUUACCAUGUUGAACCCUCUUAUUUAUAGUUUACGGAACAAAGAUGUGAAAGCAGCCAUCAAAAAGCUGAGAAAUAAAAUUUUAGGGCAAGAAUUUGGAACAGAAAUCUGGCAUGAAUCAUUUUGGGUUCCAAAGUCCCCGUUGAGGCAUGCCACUGGAGAUUUUAACACUAUUAAAGACCGAGUGAACUAA